AAGAGUUCUCAGUUUUCCCUCUCAAAUUCAUUUCUGGCGCUUCACAUUCCACACUGCUCUCUGUUUCUAGGGUUUCAAUCAAAACACCCAAACCGCCGAUUUUUCUCUCGCUUUCUUUUUCCGAUCGAUUUUCUCGCGCUUUCUCUCCUUCCAAACACUCCCAAUUCCAUCUGGUUUCAGUUCGGAAAAUGGAGACGACGACGCUGACGGAGGGAGCGAUAAUGAAGAUAUGCAGGGACGAGUAUCCGAAAGGGGAGAACUGGAAGCCAGUGUUGCAGAUACUUGAUGUGAGGAUGGUGAACACGCAGGGAGGACAACCGGUUGCUCCAGAGAAGGAGAGGUACAGGGUGGUGAUCUCCGAUGGGGCUUAUCAUCAGCAAGGAAUGCUGGGGACUCAGAACAAUGAUCUGGUCAGGCAAGGAAGGUUGCAGAAGGGAUCGCUUGUCCGCUUGAAGGAGUUUGUUUGCACUCCAGUACAAGCCCGCCUAAUCAUUAUUAUAGUUGAUCUAGAUUUGAUACUUGAAACAUGUGAUCUCAUUGGUGAACCUGAGCCAGCACCGAAAUUUGUGAAUACACCACCAUCAGGGGCAGUUACUGGAAAUCCACAAUCAUCUGUUGGGAAUAAACCUUCUGGAGGUCAGGUUAAUGAAACUGUGCCUGCAACAUCUGUAGAACAGCCUAGAAUGAAUCAAUCAUUUGGCAGUGCUUAUUCUACUAAUCCUAACUCGGGGAGAUAUGCUGCACCAGGUACACCGUCCAUUUACCCUAAAAUAGAGCCCGGUGCUGGGUUUCCUAGACCGGCUCCGGUAGGUGGGUCAUAUAGCAAUCAGAACAUGGGCUUUAAUAACCCUAGAUCUGAGGUUUCAAGACCGCCUCAAAAUUCUCAUGUCCGUGCACCUUAUCCAUCAUAUCAGCAGCCGCCUCCAAUGUACUCUAACAGAGGACCAAUAGCCAAAAAUGAAGCUCCUGCUAGGAUUUUACCAAUUGCUGCUCUGAAUCCCUAUCAGGGAAGGUGGACAAUCAAGGCUAGAGUGACAUCAAAGGGAGAACUUAGGCACUUUAACAAUCCUCGUGGUGAUGGGAAAGUAUUUUCUUUUGAUCUUCUUGAUUCUGAGGGUGGGGAAAUUCGGGUGACCUGCUUUAAUGCUGUGGCUGAUCAAUUUUACAAUCAGAUUGAAGUUGGUAAGAUUUAUAUGAUUUCAAGAGGAAGCUUAAAACCAGCUCAAAAGGCUUUCAACCACCUCCAUAAUGAUCAUGAAAUUUUUCUGGAGAGCACAUCGAUAGUACAGCCAUGCUAUGAGGAUGACAACUCUAUUCCACGGCAGCAGUUUCAUUUCCAUCCUAUAAGUGAUGUACAAGAGAUGGACAACAAUAGUGUUGUGGAUUUAAUAGGUGUGGUAUCAUUUAUUAAUCCCGCUUCUUCAAUAAUGAGAAAAAAUGGUACUGAAACUCAAAAGAGAUCACUCCAUUUGAAGGAUAUGUCUGGCAGAAGUGUUGAAUUAACUCUGUGGGGAAACUUUUGCAAUGCAGAAGGACAAAGACUGCAAAAUAUGUGUGAUUCUGGGGUAUUUCCAGUUCUGGCUGUGAAAUCCGGCAGAGUCAAUGAUUUCAAUGGGAAGGCAGUGGGAACUAUUUCUUCAAGUCAGCUCUUUAUAAACCCAGAUUUUCCAGAGGCUCACAGGCUGAAGGAAUGGUUUGACAAGGAAGGUAGAAAUGCCCCAUCAGUAUCUAUUUCCAGGGAAAUAUCUACUGUGGGUAGAACAGAUAUGCGAAAGACCAUAUCCCAAAUUAAAGAUGAGAAGUUAGGGACUUCUGAGAAGCCAGAUUGGAUAACAGUAGGUGCAACCAUUUCAUUCAUUAAGGUUGAUAAUUUCUGCUACACAGCAUGCCCUCUCAUGAUUGGCGAUCGACAAUGUAACAAAAAGGUUACAAAUAAUGGAGAUGGAAAAUGGCGGUGUGAUAGAUGUGAUCAAUCCAUUGAAGAAUGUGACUACAGGUAUAUACUCCAAUUACAGAUACAAGACCACACUGGCUUAACUUGGGUAACUGCAUUUCAGGAGGGUGGUGAGGAAGUAAUGGGUGUAUCUGCAAAAAGUUUGUAUUAUUUGAAACAUGAGGAGCAAGAUGAUGAGAAAUUUGCACAAAUUGUUCGCAAGGUUCUUUUUAACAAAUUCAUAUUCAAGUUGAAAAUUAAGGAGGAAACUUUUAGUGAUGAACAACGUGUGAAGUCAACUGUUGUCAAAGCAGAAAGGGUGAACUUUUCAUCGGAGUCUAAAUUCCUUUUGAAUUUGAUGGACAAGUUGAAAGCAGGAAAUUCGAGUUCUUCUAUCCCAAAGGUUGAAAAUAUCAUUCCAAACCCUGGUUUGAAUACCAAUGCUCCUGGAAAUUUUGGAACUAGACAGCCAACACCUGCUGACUUUGGUAACAGUGUCAAUGCAGUUAGAGAAUUUGGAACACCAGCAAAUCAAGUGGGUCAGUAUGGAAACCGAUAUUCUAGUUCAGGGUGUCCGUCAAUUGGCUCUUCUGGUAUGUAUCUGAGCUGUAAUAGCUGUGGGGGUACUGGUCAUAGCUCGAUGAACUGCCCAAGUAUAGCAAAUAGUCCAGGACUAUCAUCGGGAGGGGGCUAUGGAAAUAGAGCAUCAUCUGGCCCAAGCUUUGGUAAUUCUUCUGAUGAAUGCUAUAAAUGCCAUCAAACAGGGCAUUGGGCAAGAGACUGUCCAGGGUCAUCUAAUAUUCCUCCAUCUUAUGGAAGCGGCAGUGUUGUUCCUGGAAGAUAUGGAGGUGUUCCAAAACAGCAAGUCGGUGGCUUUUGAACUCGUUCUCAGAAGAAAAAGUUUUGUACAAAAUCAUGCAUGUGUCAUCAGUAUCAUGCUAAUCUAUGCGGUUAGUCCCCUAGUUUCCCUGCUGCAUUGCAGAGGGUUCGGACCGAGACUGUUCUUGCAGACUAGAUGAAGCAGCGGCAAAGCUUUAUUACACUGAAUAGUCAUGAUUUUGGCUCCAUAAUCCUUUUCUUUUAGGGAAGUGAAGCUUAGUGGAAAGUUUGGGUUUUGUUUUCUUAUUCCUGUAACAUAUGUUUUUUGCAUAAUAUGUACUUAGUUUUGACUAAAUUUAGGUGUUCUAGUACAGUUUUUUAGUUUUGAUUCUGUAUGUUAUUAUAAUGCCGAAUGCAAAAGUCCUGUUAAGAUCCAAAAUGCAUUGAAGGGUCUGCUUAUGAUCUCCA